GAGGGAAAGAGGCAGUGUUUGUUAAGACUCUCUCCUAACCAAUGAACUAACAGCUCCCUCUAAAAGCUCACGUCCAUCAUCAAUUGUACCCAAUGAACGUCUUAGAGGGGCGGAGCUCAGGUGCGCGCCUCUGCGUCCACUUGGCAAAGAGCCUGGGAGACGCCUGUGGCAAAAGAGUAACUGUCAAAUGCAAGGUUCCCCUAAUAGGAGCGAUCAGUCCGGCUCCGAGAGUCAUGGCGACUACAGCAUCCAAUCAUUACAACAUCCUCACCUCCAGCCCAUCUAUUGUACACUCGGAGCCUGGAAGCAUGCAGCAAGCUACGGCUUACAGGGACGCGCAAACCCUGUUGCAGAGUGACUACUCACUGCAGAGCAACAGUCACCCGCUCAGCCACGCGCACCAGUGGAUAACAGCCUUAUCACACGGAGAAGGAGGUCCGUGGUCGUCCAGUCCCCUCGGCGAGCAGGACAUCAAGCCAGCGGUACAGAGCACCCGGGACGAGAUGCACAAUUCGAGCAGUUUGCAGCAUCAGUCGCGAGCACCGCACCUGGUACAUCAGACGCACGCUAACCAUCACGAUUCAAGGGCAUGGAGAACAACAACGGCAGCUCACAUUCCCAGCAUGGCAACAUCAAACGGACAGAGCCUUAUUUACUCCCAGCCCGGGUUCAGCGUGAACGGUCUCAUCCCGGGCAGCGGCCAGGGCAUCCACCACCACGCACACGAGGACCACCACAGUCCCCAUCUCAGCGACCACGGCCAUCCGCCGUCCCAACACCAGCACCAGACGCACCAGAGUCACCACGACCACUCGGACGAGGACACGCCGACCUCCGACGACUUGGAACAGUUUGCAAAACAGUUUAAACAGAGGAGGAUCAAGCUGGGUUUCACGCAGGCGGACGUUGGACUAGCUUUGGGAACGCUUUAUGGAAAUGUGUUUUCGCAGACCACGAUAUGCAGGUUCGAGGCCCUGCAACUUAGCUUCAAGAACAUGUGCAAGCUCAAACCUUUGUUGAACAAGUGGUUGGAGGAGGCAGACUCCACAUCUGGGAGCCCCACCAGCUUGGACAAGAUAGCCGCGCAAGGGAGGAAGCGCAAAAAGCGGACUUCCAUUGAGGUAAGCGUCAAAGGGGCUUUGGAAAGCCAUUUCCUUAAGUGCCCAAAGCCAGCCGCGUCGGAAAUUACUUCGCUGGCGGACAGUCUGCAGUUGGAAAAAGAGGUUGUGAGGGUUUGGUUUUGUAAUAGAAGACAGAAAGAGAAACGGAUGACUCCUCCCGGAGGACCUCUACCGGGUACCGAGGACGUAUACGGAGACACGCCGCCGCAUCACGGAGUUCAGACGCCAGUUCAGUGAAAAACAAAGACAAAUCAUAAUAUUAUUAUUGACUGCCUCAGACUUAAUUUAUACGUUCACACUGAGAUCUAAACACGGAACUAUCCAAAGUGAUAGCAGCCGCGGUUUAAGAGGAUAUAAAUCCGUCUUCAAUGUUACUCAAAAUUCGUACUGCUGCACCGGAGGGGACGCGUGUUCCCCCGCGAGAGCAAAGAGAACGGUUGUUCUGUGAAUACCCAGCACUGUGAAUAGACGCAGUUUUAAGGUGUAACCCUAUAUUUAACAUACACUUUGAGACGAGCGAAACGUCCCUCAAACGUGAGCGUGGGUGUCCCAUGGCCAGUUGUUUACAUCUAGACCUGAUAGGAUACAGCAACACAUGCGUUUUCUUUAGCAGGUUUAGUCUCAAGCCUGGGAAGUGACUUGAGCUGCAGCAUUAAACAAAUACACGCCAUUUUUUAUCUCUGUUGUGAGCGACUGAGGGUGAAUAUCGACUCAGAAAAACAUCAAUGUGAAAUGCAUCCACCCACAGUAUUUCACAAUUAUUUUGGAAUCAGGAAAAAUGCCUUAUAUUAUUAUUAUUAUUAUUAGUAGUAGUAUUGUUAUACAUCAUGGAUGUGUACAACAUAGGCUACCUUGAGGUGCAAGGUCACACUAAACAGAUGUUGCAGUUGUGGCUCUGUGAAAUCAGUCUUACAAAAUUGAUUCUAGUCUUUUACAGUCUUAUCAAUACAGAUGACUCUAAAUUGAAAAUAGAAAGUGCCAGAACCAAGCUGCAGACAGGUCACUGAAGGGCUAGAGACAAAACCUGACAUUUCCGUCUAUCUAGACACAUUCCCAUAAAAUACAAUUGUUUCACAGGACUCAAAACAGUGCUGUAAAUAUUGUAUAAUUUUAAAGGACAUAGCUUCGAUAUCCUCUCACUUGAGCACUUUUUCUUAUCAUUUUGAAUUUGGAAAAGAUUUUUAGCGGUUGUUUAUUUCGUUUUCCUCCUUUGUUUAAGAUGGUUUUGCAUUAGAGUUGGUAUAUUUGCCUUUAUAUUUAUAGUCAUUUAGCCGAAUAAUGCUUGCUCUCUCUCGCGUGAGUCAGUUGCUUUUUAACCCACAUUCAGCUGCUUUUUUAUAAAUUAUGAGCUGACUUUACUAUAUGUUUAUGUAUAGUAAACAAUGUUCAGUCUUCAACAAUGUUAGCACUAUUUUCUACCCAACAAAUUCAAUAUUAUAUAUCUCAAACGUUUGAAUGUCUUUUUUAAUUAUUUUGAAAUAGAAAUUAUUCACACAGUGUAGUGGAGAAUGGGAAAAGCAAAUGAUGUGAUCUGCAAUAUUUUCGUUUCCAGUCUGUAUUUCAAAUUACAUUGCAAUCAUUUUUAAAGCAUAUUAAUUUGAAACACAAGCACUAGCUUAUUAUUAUUAUUUUAUUAUUAUUAUUACGGUUAAAUUAUCUCCACGUUUUCCUAUAAAAUAAUUUUGGGGGCUCUGUGGUUUUUAAUGACGUUGGUCUCGGCUAGCAUUUAUAGAAACACGAUGUAUUGAUUAUAACUGAAAAUGUAAACACUGGAAUGAAGAAUUAGGAAAAUGUCUCUAUACGGGGCUACUAUACGUCAGUAUGUAAAUACAAUUUUGCAAUCAGAAAUGAUUUUUUAUUUUCUUAUAUUAUUUUUGAUUAUUUUUUAAAUAUUAUGUUGGUGUAAAUCUAUUCCACACAAAUUCCCGGGACAUCUGUUGUUACGGUUCACAUGAAAACUAAAGAAACAUAUACAUUAAUCGAUCAAACUACCAUGUAAUUCUACAAGACUGUGGGAUGUAUUUAUUUGUCGUUUUGUUUACUCUGUCAGAAAGACUCCAUCAAACGUUGAACUGAAUGAAUUUGUGGGUAUAAUAAAAUGCGCAGAGGUUGUGAUAGAAAAUUGAUUUUAGUAACAUAUCAUGUUUAUAAUAUCCUAUAUCUAUGAAUCAAUUUUUUGUCGUCGGGUAUUUACAUUUAUGCGCAUAAAGUUUGUUUUUUAUAUUGUUAUGGUUUAAUAAGGGCAGCAAAAUCCUAAAAUGUAAAAUCUAAAAUAAAAAAAAAACAUUACUAAACAUUCAGGAAUUUAGGCCUAAUUUGUAAGACAAAAUGUAACAAAUAUGUUAAAAUACGAAAUGUUUAAAUCUAAAGAAAUUUGGUGAGGUAGGCCUAGCUUAUAUAGGCUAUCGUGUCUUCGAGGGAACUGAUAUUAAACAAAACGUCCUGUAUUUUUGUGAUAAAUUAUAUAUAGUCUAUAGCUAAAAAAUAAAAUAAUUUUAGGCCUAGGCUACAUGUGUAGCUCUAACUAUCUCGGCCAAAUGUAAUUCCUGUUUUAAUUCCUGAUUUUGCCGAAAUACUGAUUUUAUUUAAAUGGGCAAACGUUUACC